AUGGCCGUUUUCCAGAAUCCGCCAAGGAUGUUCAAGGACGAAGCAGGAGAAUGGCAUUUUCGCGGGGAUGAUUUCUGGAAAACCAUCCUUAAAGACGUAAAUGGGUCUUCUGAAUACAUUGAAACAGAACCCUAUGACUUAGAUAAUGCAAAAAAUUCUAUUAUGAAAGGUGAAACUGACUUAUGUCCAAUGAGCUACUUCAGAACCAGCAUUCCAGAAGAUCUUGAUUUUGCUGAUCCCUUAUUUAGUGAAGAUUUGGUGAUUGUGGUACCCAAAUCAGAUCUCAUAGCGAGGCAUAAGUACAUUUUUAUGGCUUUCUCGAAAUCUGUUUGGUUUUUCAUACUAAUUUCGGUGUUUAUUAUGGUUUUAUUUUUAGUGGUCGUUGGAAAAAAAAGGAAAUCUCAAAAUCAAUCCAUAUCUGCAACAUUGCUGGAUGUUACCAACAUACUGCUUGGAAAAUCUGUUCAAAUUUACCCUCAUUUCAGUUGGUUGGAAAAAAUUCUUCUGGGUUUAUGUCAAAUGAACAGCAUUGUAAUUAUAGCUGCGUUCAAUUCGGCCUUGAUUUCAUCUAUUUUUUUGGAUAAACAUAAUGACCAAAUAGAUACUGUGAAGGAUCUCAUCGAAUCUAAUCUGACACUUUAUGCUCUGCCAGAAAUGAAAAACAUCGUUGAAAAAUUUGCACCCUCUUUAAAUAAACAACUAGUUAAAAUACCUAGAAGAAAUUAUACUUCUCUAUUGAAAAACCAGAUUUAUGGACAAGCUCUUGUUAUGCCCAGGUCAUUAACACAUGAAGUUUUGGAAAAUGUCAACGUCAAAGGUUCUGAUAUUGAAUAUAGAAUCAUGCGUGAACCAAUCACUACAGGCUUCAGUACGUUUUUCUUCAGGAAAAGUUCACUAUUAGUGCCGAUAAUGAGUGAGAUAAUCAAGAAAAAUUCAGAAAACGGAGUGAUAUUGAAAUACCAGCGGGUAUAUUCUAGUGAAAAACACAAUCCACCAAGGAUGUUCAAGGACGAUGCAGGAGAAUGGCAAAUUGAGGGAAAUAAUUUCUGGAAAGCCAUCCUUAAAGAUUUUAAUGGGUCUUCUGAAUACAUUGAAACAGCACCAUAUGACUUAGAUAACGCAAAAAAUUCUAUUAUGAAAGGUGAAGCUGAUUUGUGUCCAAUCAGCUACUUCAGAACCAGCAUUCCAGAAGAUCUUGAUUUUUCUGAACCCUUAAUUAUUGAAGAUUUGAUGAUUUUGGUACCCAAAUCGGAUCUCAUACCGAGGCAUAUGUAUAUUUUUAUGGCUUUAUCGAAAACUGUCUGGUUUUUCAUACUAAUUUCGGUGUUUAUUAUGGUUUUAUUUUUAGUGGUCGUUGGAAAAAAAAGGAAAUCUCAAAAUCAAUCCAUAUCUGCAACAGUGCUGGAUGUUACCAACAUACUGCUUGGAAAAUCUGUCCAAAUUUACCCUCAUUUCAGUUGGUUGGAAAAAAUUCUUCUGGGUUUAUGUCAAAUGAACAGCAUUGUUAUUAUUGCCGCUUUCAAUUCGGCCCUGAUUUCAUCUAUUUUUAUGGAUAAACAUAAUGAUCAAAUAGAUACGGUGAAGGAUCUCAUCGAAUCUAAUCUGACACUUUAUGCUCUGCCAGAAAUGAAAAACAUCGUUGAAAAAUUUUCACCCUCUUUGAAUAAGCAACUAGUUAAAAUACCUAGGAGAAACUAUAAUUCUUUAUUGAAAAACCAGAUUUAUGGACAAGCUCUUGUUAUGCCCGAGUCAUUAACGCUCGAUAUUUUAGGAUUAGUCAACGUCAAAGGUUCUGAUAUUGAAUAUAGAAUCAUGCGUGAACCAAUCACUACAGGCUUCAGUACGUUUUUCUUCAGAAAAAGUUCUCUAUUGGUGCCGAUAAUUAGUCAGAAGAUUAAGAGAAAUCGCCAAAAUGGGGUGAUAGGAAAAUACUGGGCCCAGAAGGAACGUCCUAGUGAAAAACACGUAACUCAAACAAAAAGACCACUCUCAAUGAGCCAUCUUGGAGGAAUAUUUUUAUUCUGGUUGAUUGGAAUUGUUAUAUCAAUAAUUGUAUUUAUUUUAGAAAAAUUUCAUAUGUUAUCGUAGACUCAAUUGAUGUUUAUUGUGAAAAACAAAAAAAAAUUUGUUCUGGCACUAUUGGCACUUUUUUUGAUGAUGAAAAAAAAAAUUUUUCUUGGAAUGUAUUGAAAGUUUUAUCACU